CCCAGUGGAAGAAGGUGUGGCCAUGGCUGAUGAUUAUGCGGGGAGUAAACAUGUGUCAGAGAGUGAACAAAGAAGUGGAGAGGCACACAGAGCUCUGACGGAAUUUUUUUAGCUUUCCAGGAUAAGAAGAAAUCUCUGGCAAAAACUAAAGCGAGCCGCUCUGGUUUGAGAAAGUCCUCCCGAGGCAGCUGAGCAGUUUCACCAUGAGCAAUAAUCACGCGAGAGGCAAUGUCUACGACAACCACGGCUUUCAGCACGAGGCACAAAGGCCCCAACCGUACACGGCCCACAGCGUUUACCCCCCGGUCCCCAAGACCAGCCCUGGCUACGCCGUAGGCCCGGUCCAGGUGGUCAGCACCCAGCACACGGCAGUGCCGGCCGCGGCGCCGCACCCCCAGCACAGGAAAGGAACGGGCGCCUGCCACUGGAAGUAUGCCCUCUGCAUCGGUUUGUUCGUGGCUGUCAUCCUGGCGGUGGCCGGCCUCUUGCUCUGGUACUUCUUAUACUACCAGUGUUUGCUGGGAAGGUCGUGUGGAGCUGGUGGGAAGUGUCUGAGCCACCAGCAGUGGUGUGACGGGGUCAGGGACUGCUCAAAGGGAGAGGAUGAAUCUCAGUGCUUUCGCCUCAGUGGAGCCAACUUCAUGCUGGAGAGCUUCUCAGCCAACAAGCGAGCUUGGUUGCCCGUUUGUGCUUCGAACUGGGAUGACAACUACGGGAAAACUGUGUGUGAGCAGAUCGGCUACAGCAGAGGGGAUUACGUCAGCUACAACUCAAUCUCUCCCGGCUCUAUAGCCUCUGAAGGAUACAUGAGUCUGAAGCCUGGUAGCUCCCCUGGAUCUCUGAUGCAGUCACAGCUCACGGACAGCUCGACGUGUUCAGAGAGAGCUGUCCAACUUAAAUGCAUUGACUGUGGUAAGAGUUCGGCUGGUCCUAGCAGUCGCAUUGUGGGCGGCACAGAAGCUGUGAAUGGAGCUUGGCCCUGGCAGGUCAGCCUCCAGAUUAAUUCCCGACAUGUCUGCGGAGGCUCCAUCAUCAGCCCCUACUGGAUCCUGUCUGCAGCACACUGCUUCCAAAAGUACAGCAGUCCCUCAUUGUGGACCGUCCACUCUGGAGAUGUCCGGCUGUCUCAAAUCGGUUUCGGCAGAGGAGUUGAAAGAAUCAUUAAUCAUGAAGAUUAUGACUCAGAAACCAGUGACUAUGACAUUGCUCUGCUCAAGCUCAGGACACCUGUGAUGUUUACUGGAGUAGAAAAGCCAGUGUGUCUCCCCAAUGCUGAUAUGCAGAUUGCUGAAGGAACUCAGGCUUGGAUUACGGGCUGGGGAGCGUUGCGCUCCUCCGGUCCAUCACCUAACGUGUUGAAUCAAGCCCAGGUGACCGUUUACAGCAGAGAAACUUGUAACGCAGGUUCUGUGUUAAAUGGCCAAGUGACUAAGACCAUGUUGUGCGCAGGCAAACUGGAGGGAGGGGUCGACAGCUGCCAGGGGGAUAGUGGAGGGCCACUGGUGGUUAAGGUGGGAAAUGUAUGGUGGCUGGCAGGGGACACCAGUUGGGGUAUAGGCUGCGCCUCGAGGAACAAACCAGGAGUCUAUGGCAAUGUCACCUUCUUCAUUGACUGGAUAUAUAAACAAAUGCAGGAUUACUGAAGAAGAUGUUUAGCUUGAUGACCAAUGCACUUUGUAUGUGGGAUUUUAGGGAACUCACCAAUCGGUAAACCAAAUGAAAACUGUUUUAAAUGUAUUUUUUUACAUAUGUUGAUUUAGAAAAAAAAUAGUUUAUUUAUUGGUUUAAAAUGUACUCCUUUUAUGUGUAUAUAAUCUAAGGUUUUCCCUGUGGAAACUGAGAGUAAAACUCAGGUUUUGUUUUUCUUUCUUGCUUUCAUACAUGUAUGCAAAUCACCUUUUGGGAGGUUGAGUCCAACAAUGAUACCUGCCUCAACCUGUUGAUGAAGGGCAUUAUUAUUCAGAACUAAAUGAACCCGCACUAUAUACUUCUUUUUUAAUCACUUCCUCAAUAUGAAAAUCUCUGCAUUUGCAUUACCACAGUGUUUUAAAGUUCAUGUCAGUUUUUUUCCACAAUUAGUAACUGUAAAACCUGGUGCCAUUUGUGAAAAGCAGGCUGAUUAUCAUCAGGCUGUUUGACCUGAUAAAGGGUUUCGUUUUUAUUGACCCUUUGUCAUGAGAUAAAGAGUCAUAUGAAUAGAAGGCAACGACAUAGAAGCGUCUAUUGAAACAUGCAGUCUCACCCGAGGUAAUCAGGUUCCCGUCAUCUCAUCGGUUGAACUAUAAACCGAUUGUGACAAAACAAACAUUCUUCAUAAAGGUUUCAAGAGGAGUGGUAGAUUUGUUUCAAAGUACAUUAUGGUGGACAACCAGGAGAAAGGCCACUGAGUUACUGUGGGAGCAUAUUUGCUCCAUGUUAGACCUUACAGGCAGUAGAGGUCAGUAGGAAAAUAUAUGGAAUAAGCACCCCUGGUAGCUUGUACAUAUCACAACAAAUUCAUUAGAGCCAUCAGAUUUUGAGGAUAAUGCCUUCCACAUCAGAGCAGGAAGAACUUAGACUGAAGCUCUUUGGACUUAAUGUUGAUUUUGAGCCAGUUUUCAAUCAACCCCAGUGUUCACCUGGUGUUUUUCCUUUUUAUACUGGAGGUAAUUAAAAUAAACUGGACUCUUCUGUACUUCUUGAAUAGAAGAAUAACCCUUUGGUGUCCAAGUUUUCUACAUAAAAAAUGAAGUAAUCUCUUUCAGAACUGAGUCUCAGUAUUUGCAUUCACUUUUUAGAUUUUAUUACAGUAAUGUAGCAUGGAGAUCUAUCAGCGAUUGUCUCCCAAAUGAACCCCUCUUGGAACAAGCUUAUAUGUCCGUUUGGUUUUGUCUUGAAAUAUCAUUGGUAACAUGUUGUUGUUGUCAUUCAUUUUUAAACACAUAAAAUCAACAAAUAAAACCAAUCAUCUUAAAAUC